AUGUCUGUGGGAAGUAUACCACGUGAUUUGCGUAAUUUACGGGCUUGCUUACUAUGUUCGAUGAUAAAAAGUGUUGAACAGUUUGAAAUGGAUGGUUGUGAUAAUUGUGAAAGGUAUUUGGGAAUGAAGGGUGAUGAAGAGAAAGUUAGCGAGUGCACGAGUUCAAAUUUCGAUGGGAUGAUAGCUGCGACAGUACCGGAAGAAUCCUGGGUAUGCAAAUGGCAAAAAAUCAAUCGUAAAGUGAAAGGAAUUUACGCAGUUUCAGUAUCCGGUACUUUACCAUCUCACAUAGUUCAAGAAUUAAAGGCGCAAAAUAUACGUUACAAACCCAAUAUGCGCGAUAUGACUCAAAACAGCUAA